GUGGGGAAACGGCACAAGACCGGCCGUGGUGUGGUGUUCUUACUAGCUGUACUGACACUGACGGAGUGAGGGGAGCUAAGAGGACUAAAACCCUGUCGAGCUGCUACCCCCCCUCCCCUCAUUUCACCACAUCAACUACUGUACGACAAUGUCACUGCUGAGAUUUCAAAAUGAUUGGGACGAAAUUGACCAAGAAUACCAACAAUUACAGGAAACUCACAAAGUGUACAGACAAAAACUUGAAGAGCUCACCAAUCUACAGGCAACAUGCAGCAGUGCCAUCAAUAAACAGAGGAAAUGUCUCAAAGACCUUGGCAACAGUCUAACGAAGUGUGUGCAAACAUGUGAUGAGAAAGAACUGAAACUAAUAAAGGACAUAGAAGUACAAAUUAAAGAUAAAGAGAAUGUAUUCUUUGAUAUGGAAGCAUAUCUGCCAAAGAAGAACGGAUUAUAUCUUAAUUUGGUCCUUGGGAACGUAAAUGUAACACUUCUUAGCAAUCAGGCAAAAUUUGCCUACAAAGAUGAGUAUGAGAAGUUCAAGCUUUGCAUGACCAUAAUUCUCAUGUUUGGGUCCAUCACUUGCCUGUUCUUGCUCAAUUAUCGUGUCACAGAUGAAAUCUUUAACUUUUUGCUGGUUUGGUACUACUGCACAUUGACCAUAAGGGAAAGCAUCCUCAUGAGCAAUGGAUCAAGGAUUAAAGGGUGGUGGGUGUCACAUCAUUAUGUGUCCACUUUUCUCUCGGGUGUUAUGCUUACUUGGCCCGAGGGGCCCAUGUAUCAGAUGUUCAGGAGUCAGUUCCUCGCCUUCUCCAUCUAUCAAAGCUUCGUUCAGUUCCUCCAGUAUUACUACCAGAGUGGUUGCCUGUACAGGUUGCGAGCCUUGGGAGAGAGAAAUCAGCUCGAUCUCACAGUAGAGGGAUUUCAGUCCUGGAUGUGGAGAGGUCUAACUUUUCUGUUGCCUUUCCUCUUUUUUGGCCAUUUUUGGCAACUAUACAACUCAGUGACCCUGUUUCAGUUGGCAGGACAUGAGGACUGUAAAGAGUGGCAGGUAUUUAUGUUGGCACUGACAUUUCUUGUCCUGUUCCUGGGGAAUUUCCUCACAACAUUAAAAGUUGUGCGUCAAAAAGUUCAGAAAAACCAAGAAAAGGUGAAAAAGAAGGACUGAGGAAGAGCUCCGUGAGACGUCUCAAACUCCUCAAAUGG